AAACCCAAGGGUCGCGCGUGCCGUGUCAACACAGAGGCGAGCCGGACAAGCGCAGCCCCCUCCCCCCUUCCUCGCAGACACGAAUGUCGUCAGCGUCCCCGGCGCGCGCCCCAGACAGAGACCCCCCUCGGGCUGUGCGCGCGCCCGCUUGGGUUUCCAGCCGUGAGUUGAUGCAUCCUUGGCCCCGGCUUGCAGGACGGAAGGCAGGCUCCUGGGUCUCGAGUGGAGGGAAACCCACAGGGAGGGGGUCUCAGGCUCGGCUGAUCAGAUCCAAAUAUAUCUCCAAUCGUAGAGUUGGAAAAGACCCCCCAGGGCCCUUUCUUUCCGCCAGACUAGAAGACACAAGGAAAGCCCUCCCGACAGACGCCCAUCCAGCCUCUGCUUCCACCGCACUCCCAGACAGGUGCAAAACAGCUCUUAAAAGGUCUGUCGAUCCUUGGCAAAGUGAAAUUUCUGCUAUGACCACAACACCGACCUUCUCUCCCAGCUGUCAGGACGCCCAUGAAGACAUAACCAGGGCACUAAUUGUUCUGAGUAUAGCCUCCACCCAGGAGCCAUAAUGGGAAGUGUCAGUAGCCUUAUCUCUGGGCAUAGUUUCCAUAGCAAACACUGCCGGGCAUCGCAGUACAAGCUGCGCAAGUCAUCCCACCUGAAGAAACUGAACAGAUAUUCGGAUGGGCUGCUGAAAUUUGGCUUCUCUCAGGAAACUGGCCACAAUAAGUCCAACUCAAAGGGCAACAAAAAUGAGGACUUCUUUUAUAUUAAAGUCAACCAGAAGGCUCAACGGACAGACUACGCGCCACUCUCUGGUGGGGAGCUGGGGAGCCAGGCUGCAAGGAGCAGCGUGGACUAUGGCACCGGAACACCUGCUAAACUCAAGCCAGUCUCCAACCAGCUGGAACUAGGCCCAGACAAGAAUAUUGCCAGGCCAACCGCCUUCAAGCCUGUACUCCCUCGCUCCAACACAGUCCUCCACUCGUCUCCAGAACAUGGUAGCCAUACCUCUCAGUCGCUCCAGUCCCAGGACAAAGCUAAAGAUGCGGACCUUAAGGCAGCCUUGUGCUCUGGUGGACUAUCAGACUCAGGAAGGAACUCCAUGUCAAGCCUCCCUACUCACAGCACAGCCAGCAGCUACCAGUUGGACCCUCUUGUUGCCCCAGUGGGACCCAUUAGCCGGUUUGGGGGCUCUGCCCACAACAUCACUCAGUGUGCCAUCCUUCAGAACAGUAACAUGAUGAGCCUUAAGGCCUUGUCAUUCUCUGACGGCGGCACCAAAAUCCUCAAUCCAGGCAAAACUGCUGCUGCAGCUGCCCAUCCCCAACCUCCUGAGAACUCCUGCAUCCGCUCCCCAAUCUCCACAGAGGAAUCAGCCAUCCAGGAGUUGGAGCAAAAGCUGCUGGAGAGGGAAGGUGAGUUGCAAGAGCUCCAAAGCAGCUUUGAGGAAAAGGAGAUCACCUCCUGCCAAAGCUAUGAGGAAAAGCAGAGGCGCUGCAGGGAUGAGAUGGAGCUGCUAAAGCAGAAGUGCAACAACAAGCUCAAGCAGAGCUCACAGAAGAGCCAGCGGGCGCAGCAGCUCCUGCAGCUCCAGGUCUUCCAGCUGCAGCAGGAGAAGAAGCAGCUCCGAGAGGAACUGGCCAACCUGAUGAAGGAGCAGGAUCUCCUGGAGACCAAGCUUAGGUCCUAUGAGAAAGAGAAGACCGCCUUUGCUCCAGCACUGGAAGAAACACAGUGGGAGGUUUGUCAAAAGUCUGGGGAAAUCUCUCUCCUUAAACAACAGCUGAAGGAAUCCCAAACAGAACUCAACAGCAAGAUCAAUGAGGUCCUCAACAUGAAAGCCCAACUGAAGGAUGUCCGAGGGAAGAUGGAACUACUAGAUAUGAAAAUCCAGGAUUUGGAAGAGUCGCUGCAUGCCAAGGCUGUGGAGUUGGAUGUGAGUGAAAAUGAGCUUCAGCGCAAGAAGAACGAGUCGGAACUGCUGAGGGAGAAGGUGAACUUGUUGGAGCAGGAAAUUUCAGAGCUCAGAACAGAACUGACAAUCCUCCGAGAGGAGAUGAAGUGUGGAAUGGCCCCCGGAAGCCUGGAGGCCAACGUGGCCGAGGAUGCCCAAGCCCUAUGGAGAGAAGUGGAGAAGCUGAAAGCAGAGUUGCAGGAGGAGCGGAACAACAACGAGCACAUGACAACUGGCUUCCAGCAGGAACGACAGACCUGGAAAGAGGAAAAAGAGAAAGUGAUCCAUUACCAGAAGCAGCUGCAGCAGAGUUACUUGCACAUGUACAAACGGAACCAGAAUUUGGAGAAGAUGCUUCAUGAGUUGGCUUCAGGAGAGGACGGCAAAGAGCCCUUAGAGCUUGACCUCCAGGGCACUGAUGUCCCUUAUGAGGACAUCAUUGCCACUGAAAUCUGAAGGGUGCUCAGUCUGCUUGCCUGCUCUGGAGGGGGUGGGUCACUUUCAACCAGAGGGCUAACUUAAAUCCAGGAGAACCACUUGUCCAUUGGUUGAAGUUCUUAACUGGCCAAAAUGGAUCACUAGCUGUUGUCAUGCCUCAUGGGCUUGUGUGGUGAGGCAUUGUCCCCAGUUCAUCAUGCCCAGUGCAUUUCCCUGGAAGGGAGGCCACUUCUAAUGUAUUUUAAAGAGAGACAAAGGGUGUGCAUUGCUUAUUGCCCAUUCUAUCAAAGUAGAAUCAACCCCCAGUUGAUUCUCUGGUAAAAAAAAUGCAAGUAUCUCUGUUCCAGAUGGAACAGGUGUCUCCCUCUUACCUGCAACUCAGGUGCCCAUUGCCAAGGGAUGCUGGGAAGGAAAAUUUAACUCUAUGUGCCCCCCCCAACAGCCAUAUAAAUGUCAUUACAAUUCUCCUAGAGUUUUUAAGCUGUGCAACAAGAAGUGCUCAUGUUCCAAAAAUUUCUUGGUUGCCAUGUUGAAGCACCUUGGGAAAAGCCUUUUGACUCUUGAUUCCUUUGGUUAAGAGAGAUUAACACAUGCACACAUAAAUACAGAAAUAUGAAUGUGGCAUCGUGGGUCUUCAAGAUAUCUUUUCAAUUCUCAUUGGCUGAAGUGAGAGCUAUACUCUUCUAGAGUGAAGAGGAUACAGUAUGAAGAGGAUUCUGGGGCACCUCGAGUGCAGAUGCCUCAAAGCAAGGCUAAAUUAUCAUGGGACGGUGACAUCCAUCAUCUCUAGCAAGCCAAGGGAUGAUGUAUUUUGUAGUCUAAUGUUGUCUAAAGGGCCACCAGUAUCCCACCUCUACGUUGGAAGCAGGUGGCAUUUUCUUCUAACAAAGAGAAAAACAGCUCUGCUCUGGAGUCUUCCUGAGGAGUCUUCCCUUUCUCCAGAAUAGCCACCCAAAGUGUUCUAGGCUCCUAGAAGCCAUAAUCUGGUAAUCCGUCAGUGGAUUGUUUGUGCCCGUGGCUCAUCAUUCAGUAUUACCGAAGCAGGCUAGCAGUGGGAGAGGUAUAUUUUUAUGUUUCUGUUGUGGGGUGGGCAGAACUGAAAUGUACUUGUGAUUUUGGAAUGGGAAUGUUUAUAACUGUUGAUCUAAAAUGUGGAUAUUUUUAUGGAUCUUUUUGGUAUAGUGUUUACGUUUUCACAUUCACUUCUUGUUUUGGGGCCACACAAAAGUCUCUUUGCCCUUCAUCAAGUCAUUUUGGGGGGCUGUGAAACAUCAAUGUAAUAGGCAGUUGUGCGUAUGCAUGAGAGUGUGCCUGCAGAUAGUACGGAUGAAUGUUUGUGUGGUCUAGUUUGUAUUCUACACCAUGCCAUCCAUUUAUUCCAUGUGGCCUUCUGGGACAUGCCGCACCAAGAAAGGAGUUGCAGUGUCAUUGCUGAAGUGACACUGAGAUGAACGAGAGUUCCUCACUAGACAAGAAUCAUGGAUGAUUUACACAACUUAUUUAAAGUCAUCAGUUCAGAGACCUGUAAGCAAUGGGUUGCAGAUCAGUCACCAGUUUAGAACCAUAACAGACAGUGGUUCUCAACCUGUGGGUCUCCAGAUGUUUUGGCCUUCAACUCCCAGAAAUCCCAACACCUGGUAAACUGGCUGGGAUUUCUGGGAGUUGUAGGUCAAAACAUCUGGGGACCCACAGGUUGAGAACCACUGAUUUAAAAUGUUCAUGUAUUCAUUUUAAGGUGGGAGUAACCUAUGGGGAUUAAUGCAAAAAGAGUGGUAUGGAUGAAGCUAUUCAUUGCCCACUCCAGCCCAGCCAACAUGUGCAUGUGGACACCGCUAUGCUCUUACACUUCCUCCAUGUAUUGUGUUGAUGGCUUCAGUAGGAGAACAAGACUCAUCAUAACUGUAAACAGGAUCCCAAGGCAAUGGAAAGCAUGCUAUCAUGACAAUUGUAUGUGUGCCUCUUCCCUCAGGAGCCAUUCAUGUGUUCCUCUUUCCUUACUUAUUCUCUUCCCCUCCAUGAUCCCAACUCCACACAGUAGAUCUUGUUUGUUUAUUUAUUUAUUUAUUUAAAACAUCUGUAUUCUACCUUUUAAAAAAAUCUAGAAGUUUUAACCAAAAAAAUAAAACCAUAUAUCUGUUUUCAGUUUAAAAAAAUUAAAAAUGCCAGUUCUGAAUGUAUUUUUUUAAAAAAAAACAACAACAACAAUGUACCAACAGAAGCAGCAAAUGUAUUUUUUUAAAAGCUGGGAUAGUUGAAGGCAGAGGAAGAAAUCGUUAAUCAAUAAGCUUAAACCUUCCCAGAAAGGAAGGAUUUCCCCACCCUCCUGCAACCUUUUAAAGGGGGGAAUGAUCAUCUCCUUUAUUUACUUACUUACUUACUUACUUACUUACAGUGCUUAUAUUCCGCCCUUCUCACCCAAAGGGAAGUCAGGGUGGAUUACAGAACACAUAUAUGGCAAACAUUCAGUGCCGUGAGACAUACAGGACAGAUAACAGAUAGAGGUGUGUGACAUUUUCUCAUCUUCGGCAUCCUGGAGGUUGUGCUCGAUUCUGGCCACAGGGGGUGCUGUUGCUCCAUCCUCCAUAUCGAAGCGUCCUGAUCAUAGACUUCCUCCUUUCUUUUGAUUGCCGACAUUUUCUAGUACAGUAGAGUCUCACUUAUCCAGCAGAACCUUGGAUAAGCGAAUAUUUUGGAUAAUAAGGAGGGAUUAAGGAAAAGCCUAUUAAACAUCAAAUUAAGUUAUGAUUUUACAAAUUAAGCACCAAAACAUCAUGUUAUAUAACAAAUUUGACAGAAAAAGUAGUUCAAUACGCAAUAAUGUUAUGUUGUAAUUAGUUACUGUAUUUACGAAUUUAGCACCAAAAUAUCGUGAUAUAUUGAAAACAUUGACUACAAGAAUGCAUUGGAUAAUCCAGAACCUUGGAUAAGCGAGUCUUGGAUAAGUGGGACUCUACUGUAUUUCCUUUUUAUUUCCCGCUUAAGCGGUACCUACUUUAUCUACUCACAGCUGUUUUCGAACUGCUUAAGUGGGCAGUGAGCUGGGCUGAAGGUCGGGUGCUCACCCUGACUCGGGUGCCGACCUGCCAACCUUUCAAUUGGUAAGAUUUAUUGCCACUGUGCUAAAGCCUGGUGCUUAGGAAGAGAGAUGCACAGCCUGAUCACAGUUGCACAAAACUGAGCAUUUAAAAAUCCUUAAAAAUAGCACCCCUUGUAGAUCUAUCAAAAAUUGAUCCCCUGAAGCAGAUCCUUCUGCCUUGGAGUGGACCGAGCUUUGACUGUUCCUUGUCGGCAGAGCAGGGGGCUUCCCCCUCACUGCCCCUGUUUACAUUUAUGUACUGCUUUUCCAGCAAUACUCAAAUUGCUGUAGAAGAAAAUUAAUUUCUCCAGGCACAUGAAUUAAAAUAAAGUAGGAGGCACAAAAAAGAGGCAACAAAUAAAACGAAGGGCCCAGCAUAAGGCAAAGACCCAAAUUGAUUCAAUGAAAACUUUUUUGACCUGUUCUUUAAGUGGUUUUCUCUUGUCACCAGUAAGGAAGCCCAGGAAUGGGCAAACUUUGGCCCUCCAGAUGUUUUGGACUCCAACUCCCACCAUUCCUAACAGCCUCAGACCCUUUCCUUUUCCCCCUCAGCCACUUAAGCGGAAAGGGCUUGAAGCUGUUAGGAAUGGUGGGAGUAUUGGGAAUUGAUGAGCCGUUAAGCUGUACCCUUUAAGAGGUAAAUUCCCAUUAAAAUAGCAGAGUAAAAAUGCAGCAGUGAGACUUAUGCGGUGUGAGUUUUGGAAGGCUUCUGUGUCUUCAGGAAGGCAAAAGAAUGCAAAGUUAGCUUUAAAGUUUAAAAGCAUUUAUUAAGGUAAAAAGAAAUCCAUUGGUGGAUAGAAAAGGUUUGGAGCUCUCUAAUCUGUUCUAAUACACAUAGAUGGAUUAAAAUAACAAAGGUCUAGAUAGCUACAUCUUGACUAGUAGAGGGACAAAGUGCGUCCUCUCUCUGGAACAAAGCAGGAAGCAGGAAUGGCGACCAAACCUCAUGGGUCGCUUCUUCUCUAGGGCCAUAAAUAUUCCAAAGGCCAAAUUGGGAAGUUACGUCAACCCUAGGAGAGAUCACAUUUCUAAAGCAUCAAAGGGUGGGGUUGACCUAAACAGGACAGGAAGGAGGAAACAAUAGUAAAGCCUAAUCAAAGCAUGCAUGGAACUGGGGAAGGUGUCUCUAACUCUUUUCUAGGCUUCCUAUCUAACCAUAGAGACUUAAGGAUGACAUUUUUCCAACAGGGAGUUGGGUCCAAAACAUCUGGAGGGCCAAAGUUUGCCCAUGCCUACUUUAGCCACAGCCAAAGUGGCUAAAGGAGGCUGCAGUUUCCAUCAUGGCUCUUGAAAUGUCAUUCAUGUGACAAUAAUAACAACAACAACAACAACGAAAACCUCCAUGGAGAAGUGGGCAAUUCAAAGCUAAUAAAAGCAUCUUGAAAUUGUAUCCUUAAGAGAUCAGCACAGCAUUUAACAGAUGGCAAAGUCGCUGUUGUGUUGGUUUAACAUACUGACCCCACACCGACUGCUGCAUCUAAGAACCUAUUUUUAGUAACUCCCAUUUAGACUAUGAACGUGGGUCUCGUGUUGUGAGCCAAGUUCUUGGUAUGACCGCUACCACCGUAUGUUAAGCCAAGUCCUGAUUUUCUGCACUUAAGUCUAAACGUGCCAAUUUUAUUUUAUUUUAAGCCAAGUUUGGCACUCAUUUUGCCUCUUAUAAUAUCCUCAUACAUCUUCCAAAAUAAGGCAGAAAUGCAUCUGCUCUUCCUGCUCAUCUCAUGCAGGGUUGUCCAAAUGCAAAAUUGACCUGCCAAACUCUGAACACAAAGGCAAACCUAGGGUUUCUCAACACCAAUAAUGGUACAGGGUUGGAUCCAACCUAAUUUGCACUGAACUUUGUGCCCAAAUAUAUUCACGAUUAACCAGAGUCCCCUUGAUGUUGAUGGGUCUUGUUUGUCGAGAUCAAGGGAACUUCAGUUAGUUGUGUGUAAAUUGGUUCGCAGCUGGAUAAGGAGCCAUGGUGGCACAAUGGGUUAAACCCAUUUGCUGGCUGGACUGCUCACCUGAAAGUUAGGUUGCUGACCUGAAGGUUGCUGGUUGGAAUCCAUGAGACAGGGUGAGCUCCCAUCUGUCAGCUCUAGCUUGCAGGGACAUGAGAGAAGCCUCCCAGCAGGAUGGCAACACAUCCAGGCAUCCUCUGGGCAACGUCUCUGUGGACUGCCAUUUCUCUCACACCAGAAGCGACUUGCAGUAUGUUCUCAAGUCGCUUCUGACACGAUAAAAAAACUAGAUAUCAGAAUCUAUACCAAUGUUUUGUGAUUCAAAACACCGUCUAAUAUCUUCUACAACCAAAGAAUUAUUGUUCAGCAUCUUCGGAGGCACCAUCUAGGAAAGAAUAAUCUGCACAAGACGUGUACAUUCUACACUCAUUUACUCUGAACAUUUGAAGCUUUCUGAAGAUGAUUGAAUGCUCUUUAGUGUUGCCAUAUCUCCGGGAAAACCAGACAAACAGCCUGGUUUAGUUCCUGUGCAGAGAUUUAGAGGCUUGUUAUAUAGCAUGGGAAACCUGUUAUGACCUGGAGAUAAGCAUAAUCCUUUGUUGCUGAAGAUCUGAGGGCUGUCACUUAAAAGAAUUACAAGAGCUGGUUUAAAUGGGUGAACAAGUUGUGCUCUUCCAGAUGUGGUCGGAGUGCAGUUCCCAUUGGCUGCUCUAUCUGCAGCAUAGUCACUGCAGUCCAACAACAUCUGGAAGUCACAGGUUGACCAUUUUUCAUUCCAAAUGUGGGCACUUUCAAGGUUGCUUAUUGAAUCUUUCUCUGAUUGGCUUGUAUAGGACUUUUAGUCAGCUGUCUCUAGUUUGGAAAAGACUAGAUGAAAUGUCCUCUUCCACGCAAAAACAAUAAAGGAGGACACAUCUUAUUUCACAUCUGAUCAGCCUAAACCUUCUUUCAAUGUCUUCUAUUUUGUGGUGCUUUUUGGAAGUUGGCGUUUGUAUGGGUGUGCUUUCAACCACCUAUCAAUUUGUGGAAAUUCCAUUAUUACGUAGGGUUUUCUUGGGCAAGGAAUACCCAGAUGUGGCUUACUAUUGUCUUCCUCUGAAAUGCAGCAUAAAGCAGCUUAGUUUCCUUGGUCUCCCACCCAAGUACUGAAUAAGUCCAACCCUACUUAGCUUCUGGGACAGGAUCCACACUGCCAUACCAUCCAGAUUCAGACUGCAGAUUAACUGCAAUGGGUUAUAUGGUAUUGUAGCACUAUCUUGAGAUCAAAUGGAACGUGGAUAUUACUAAGAAUCGUAUUUACUCCAUGCAGUCUCAAACGUAGACAAAUGAGACUGUUUAGAUGACAAAUCCCGGGCUGUUGCCCAAAAACUUAACUUCCUCACCCUCUGCGAAUGAUUGAGAUCAUUGCAAAAUUGCACUGGCAAUUAUAAAUCAUCCUUGGGCUUGUGAACAUGAAAGCCUAGUAGUGUUCUCCUCCCCUCUGCCAGCCAGCCUCUUAAUUGGGUUUAAGCACAUAUGUUUCUGAUUAGCAAAAUUUGCAUUGUUCUUGGCAGUCUUGGGAGGGGAAAACCCAGCAGCCUGUGCUCCCAGCAAAACUGCUGGCAGCCGGGGGGGGGGGGGGGGGGCUAAUUGCCUUUGGGAUGGCAGAGUCCGCCUGCUGUCGUCCUGCUGAGCUAGUGAUGGUUUCCUGGGGCGCCUGGCUUUCCUUUCUCUUCCCACUCACCUCGCCUUAGGCCUUGGGUACCAGCUGUUGGCUGGCAUUAACAUGAGAGGGGUUUACUAUAUUUGCCUAUUUCAGCCCCUUUCUUUCAAAGUGCUUCUAAUACACAUUUGCACAUCCAGUUGCUAACCCUGCUGCAAAUCAAAAAGUGACAUGGUUGCAUCAGAUUUUAGUUUUUGUAGUUAGUAAAGGUAAAGGUUUCCCCUGACGUUAAGUCCAGCCAUGUUCAACUCUGGGGGUGUUGCUCAUCUCCAUUUCUGAGUCGACAAGCCGGCGUUGUCUGUAGACACCUCCAAGGUCAUGUGGCCGGCAUGACUGCGUGGAGCGAUGUUACCUUCCCGCCGGAGCAGUACCUAUUGAUCUACUCACAUUUGCAUGUUUUCAAACUGCUAGGUUGGCAGAAGCUGGGGCUAACAGUGGGUGCUCAUCCCACUCCCCAGAUUUUUACCUGUGACCUUUUGGUCCGCAAGUUCAGCAGCUCAGUGCUUUAACACACUAUGCAUCUUUAAUUCAUCUCCAGCUUAGGGCAACUUGAAAGCAGAUCUAUCACAGGAAUUUCCUGGAACAAUUUCUUCUUCUGAGUCUGUGAGAGUGUGACUUUCCUAAAGUCAUGCAGUGAAUCUGAGGAGGGAUUCAAACAGCAGUCUAGUCAUAGUCCAGCACUCAAAUAUCUAUACCAUGCUGACUCUAGGUUUUAGCCAGAGACCUAGAUCCCCAGCCUCAUUAAAAUAACUGGAAUUAUGUAUGUGUUGAUUCAACAUUCAACAAUUUUUUUUAAGGGAUCAACUCUACUUGAGACCAAACAACAAUAUCAAAAAUGAGGAGCAUGUAUCAUGAUAUGAACCUUUUGUAUUGAAUAUAUUGUCCUUAUAGCAUGGAUAAUGUUUCCCCUGAAAUCCAUUCUGUUCCGAUACUUGAACUGCAGAGUGCUCAGUUCUCUAAUCGUAGCCAUUCAGAUAUUACAUUUAGGCUGGAUAUGUCAAUGUGUUCACUACUGCAAAUAUUUCCAUACUAAUCUGGAGAGGAAGAGAUGUUGGUUUGUAAACAUUAUCCCAGGAAUUCUGUACAUGGAAAAUGUGCAUCUACCAAGCCUCAUGUCUAUAGAUCGCCUACUUUCCCCUACCUGCGUGCCCAGCCUAUGCCCACUUCUAUGCAGCUGUUGGUUUUAUAAUUGGGUGAAAAGAUGGCCGUAUAUUUUUUCCACAUUUCUUUUUUAAAAAAUGUGUACAUUUUAUACCCGCACUCAAAACCCAUGAGCAUUGGGUUGUUGUAUGUCUUUUGGGCUGUGUGGCCAUGUUCCAGAAGUAUUCUCUCCUGACGUUUCGCCCACAUGUGGGCGAAACGUCAAGAGAGAGUACUUCUGGAACAUGGCCACACAGCCCGAAAGACAAACAACAACCCUGUGAUCCCGGCCAUGAAAGCCUUCGACAACACCAUGAGCAUUGCUUGCAAACAUUCCUCCAUGUUGUAAACUGUGCUUGUAGGCAUGCUUUGUGUCCAUUUAAAGUGGUAUUUCUCUCUGCUUUUCAUAGAAUCAUAGAAUAGUAGAGUUGGAAGAGACCUCAUGGGCCAUCCAGUCCAACCCCCUGCCAAGAAGCAGGAAAUCGCAUUCAAUGCACCCCCGACAGAUGGCCAUCCAGCCUCUGCUUAAAAGCCUCUAAGGAAGGAGCCUCCACCACAGCCCGGGAAAGAGAGUUCCACUGCCGAACAGCCCUUCUCACAGUGAGGAAGUUCUUCCUGAUGUUCAGGUGGAAUCUCCUUUCCUGUAGUUUGAAGCCAUUGUUCCGCGUCCUAGUCUGCAGGGCAGCAGAAAACAAGCUUGCUCCCUCCUCCCUAUGACUUCCCUUCACGUAUUUGUACAUGGCUAUCAUGUCUCCUCUCAGCCUUCUCUUCUGCAGGCUAAACAUGCCCAGCUCUUUAAGCCGCUCCUCAUAGGGCUUGUUCUCCAGACCCUUAAUCAUUUUAGUUGCCCUCCUCUGGACGCUUUCCAGCUUGUCAACAUCUCCCUUCAACUGUGGUGCCCAGAAUUGGACGCAGUAUUCCAGGUGUGGUCUGACCAAGGCAGAAUAGAGGGGGAGCAUAACUUCCCUGGAUCUAGACGCUAUUCCCCUAUUGAUGCAGGCCAGAAUCCCGUUGGCUUUUUUAGCUGCUGCAUCACAUUGUUGGCUCAUGUUUAACUUGUUGUCCACGAGGACUCCAAGGUCUUUUUCGCACACACUGCUGUCGAGCCAGGCGUCCCCCAUUCUGUAUCUUUGAUUUCCAUUUUUUCUGCCGAAAUGAAGUAUCUUGCAUUUGUCCCUGUUAAACUUCAUUUUGUUAGUUUCGGCCCAUCUCUCUAGUCUGUCAAGAUCGUUUUGAAUUCUGCUCCUGUCUUCUGGAGUGUUAGCUAUCCCUCCCAGUUUGGUGUCGUCUGCAAACUUGAUGAUCGUGCCUUCUAACCCUUCGUCUAAGUCGUUAAUAAAGAUGUUGAACAGAACCGGGCCCAGGACGGAGCCCUGCGGCACUCCACUUGUCACUUCUUUCCAUGAUGAAGAUGACGCAUUGGUGAGCACCCUUUGGGUUCGUUCGCUUAGCCAAUUGCAGAUCCACCUAACCGUAGUUUUGUCUAGCCCACAUUUUACUAGUUUAUUUGCCAGAAGGUCGUGGGGGACUUUGUCGAAGGCCUUACUGAAAUCCAGGUAGGCUACAUCCACAGCAUUCCCUGUAUCGACCCAACUCGUAACUCUAUCGAAAAAAGAGAUCAGAUUAGUCUGGCAUGACUUUUAGCUUUCUAGGAAGUGCCAGAAAUAGAUAGAUGCCAGAAUACCAAAGUGUGUCUGGUUCAUGACAUAAUCUAUGUCAUUUCAAUAGAGAAAAAUGUAAAGGAAAGCCCACAAAGCACAUUCCCUGCCUAUUCCUCCCCUACCACUGUAUGCUACAUAAUGUUAUGAAAUGGAGUACCUUCCCUUAUGUAGCAUACAGCGGUGGGGGAAUCCAUCCUUUCUCCAUCACUGAGUGUGAUUUCCUGAGAGCAAUUAAAACAUUUUUGGAGAGGUUCUGGUGGACCUUCAAAUUUUCCCUUCCUUCUUUUUGUUGAUGGCACCCUUUAGUAUGCCUAGGAAAAAGACGAGGUGCGUAGAUAAUAUUGUUUCUUCCCCUUUCCUUGCUGCCUGCUCAUUGGGAGACAAGUAGCCAACAGUCGGCAACAAGAAGAGCUGAAGAUGGUCAAGAAUUUCCAAAAUUAGAAGCCAGCCCUUGGCUUGGAUGUGCCCCUCGGUAAGUGCCCCAAAAUACCAGCCUAUGCCCUGAGUCAUCCUGACUGAGAGUCCCAUUGCCCUGUGGUUAAAGCUGUUAAUCUCAAAUACAUGAAUGGUCUGUAAACCAAGACUCUGUUCCUAAAGUGCAGGAAAACAUCAUGGAGAUGACAAGGAAUACUGCCAUAUUCCACCUUCCCCAUGUAAUGACACUGAGGGCUGCCUUUGCACUAAUGAUGUGUUUCUAAUUCUGACAGUACACACAUUGUCAGCAUGUCAUUUGCCUGGCCUGUCCCAAUCUGGGAGAAAGCUAGCACACUGGCUAUAUUAUUAUUAUUAUUAUUAUUAUUAUUAUUAUUAUUAUUAUUAUUAUUAUUACAUUUAGUUCAUGGCAGCUUUUUUAAAAAAAAAUGUUUCGCUCUGGUGACCAAUGUAAACUAAUUCUAUGUUUUUAUGUAUAAAUAAAUUUGUUUAAACCAUA